CGGUCUUAGCGCAUGUGGGAAGAGCUACAGUGAGGAAAGCCUUUUCACCGGGGGGCUGUUGGGGACUGGGUCGGAUUGGAUUGGACGGGCGGCAAUAUGUUCAAACAUGUGUCCCUUGUAAACUCCAGAUCUGGGAAAUUACAGGCUUCUUUCACUCUCAGUAAAUUCAUAAGAAUACUUCUGUUCUACUUUAUACCUGAUUAACUGAUUACAGUCAGCAAAUACCCUGUGGAAAAUAAGAUGCAAUGUAGUAGGUUAGCAACUGCACACAGUAGUUAAAACAGCCUCACCUGCAGUAAUAAUGUGGAUGAAGAGAUCAGAGAAGAGAAAGGAGAAGAGCGAAGCCGAGACGGUGGAGAGACAGAAAGAUGAAGUGAGAUGGAAAAAACCACUGCACCUCCCCGGAGCUGCUGCUGCAGAGCGGCGGUUCCUCCGUCAGUCAGACCGCUGUAGGAGACCACAGGGCGGGAAAGGAGCGUCGCAGGGGGCCGGUCGUGGAGCGGAUCUCCGGAGCACUGGCAGCGUCUCCUCCCCUUGUGCUGCAGGCUGCAGGCUGCGGACCCACGGAUAGAUGCAUCGAAAACACACCGGCUGUUCUUUUUAAUGCAUAAUAACAGAAGCUGCACCGAGUACUGCUGGUUUAUUUCAGUUUGAGCUGCAGGAAGGAGGGAAGGAGGGAUGAGCCGCAGACGAGGAAGAGGAGGAUUUCUCACCAUGUUUCUGGCAUUGUGUCUAUUAUGGACGCAGCUACUGAUCACAGAAUCGUCCUCUGGUGAUCAUGAGCUUCGCCUCUUCCCUUCUCGUCGCUCUGGUCACCUCCCCCCACCUCUGGACCCUCAGCGCAACUUGAACCAACAGCAGCAUCACAAUGUGGACGAGUCCCACACCCACCUUCAUCAUCAUCAUCACCACCACCACCGUCAGCCCCCUGCUGGUUUAGACAAGGUGAUGCCGGCCACCCUCCUGGAGUCUCGGUUUCGUCAGGAGCCUGGUGGUCAUCGAACCCUCAACCUGCUGGCACGGCCACAUCACGAAGUGCAGCCUGAGCACGCCGCGGUGUCUGCACGACAUCUGGUUACCGUGUACCUGGCUGUGGAUGUGAAGAGGCUGAACGUCAGUCUUCUUCGGUGGUUUCGGGAAGGUGUAGCAGCGGCACUCGGCAUUCCUGCAGGACACGUCCACAUCAACCGGCUGAAUGAGAAGAAGAAUGGCAUCGAGCUCUUCGUAUCCUCUGAUAGGCUGGGGAUCUCAGAGCCCCGCCCCGCUGAGGAGGUCAUCCAAUCACUGAAUGUCCGGGUCCUUCACCGCCACCUGGGACAUUUCGGCAUCACUGAGGUCUCGACUGAGAAAAACGUCCUGCAGGGUGAGCAGAGGGAUCACGUGUGGAGCAGAGAGGGUUUUUACGCCGUUGUCCUCUUCUUCACCGUCUUUGUCAUCGUCAUUACCUGCUUGAUGGUUUUGUACCGACUCAAGGAGAAGGUUCAGGUUUCUGAGAGACAGCUGAAAGCUCCGCCCCCUGACCUCCACCUGACCCCAACCAUCCCUCCAGACUCUGCCCAGAGGUCAAAGGGCACCAAGGUUGUGACAUCAGGAAGCAUGGUCCAGGCUGAGCUCCCUCCAGCUGUAGCCACGCCCGUUCCCCAGCAGCAGCCAAUUGUAGCCUGCCGCCGCCUUGCUCCACCUGUUGUCCCUCUGCCCAGCCCUGCCCCUGUCCCUGUUGUCAACAGCAACAACCACACUCCUCUCACCAGCAGUGCCCCGGUGACAGCCAAUAACGAGCUUAAGCCCUGCCCCUCCCCCUUCAGGAUGAAACCUGCCGCAGGAUUGCAAGAAAGACGUGGCUCUAAUGUCUCUCUGGUGUUGGACAUGUCGGCUCUCGGCUCUGUAGAGCCCCUCAGUGUUGCCGUUGUAACCCCCAAAGAGUCGGCGACGAGGGAAUACCUGCUGUCUGCUGGCCGCCCACUGACGAGACAGCAGCUCCGAGACAUCAUCAACAACACGCACAAGCUGCAUGCCGAGUUCACCGAAAUUCCAAUGAAUUUCAUUGAUCCCAAGGAGCUGGAUAUUCCAAACCAUGGAACCAAGAACAGAUACAAAACCAUACUACCGAAUCCUCACUCCAGAGUGAUUCUGAAGUCCAAGAGCUGCAACGACCUGCUGAGCUCCUACAUUAAUGCUAAUUAUAUACGGGGUUACCGAGGCGAUGAGAAGGCAUUCGUCGCCACUCAAGGUCCCAUGGUGAACACGGUGAACGACUUCUGGCAGAUGGCAUGGCAGGAGGAGUCGCCAGUCAUCGUCAUGAUCACCAAACUGAAAGAGAAGAAUGAGAAAUGUGUUCUCUAUUGGCCGGAGAAGAGGGGGAUCUAUGGGAAGGUUGAAGUGUUGGUAAACAGCAUCAGAGAGUGUGAACACUACACAACUCGCAGCCUCACACUCAAGUGUGGGAAUCAAACCCGCGUGCUGCAGCAUUACUGGUACACAUCGUGGCCUGACCACAAAACCCCAGACUCUGCUUUGCCACUGCUGCAGCUGAUGGCUGAUGUUGAGGCGGAGAGACGAACAGCCGCCGCCAUGGGACCAGUUAUUGUCCACUGCAGUGCUGGGAUUGGCCGGACCGGCUGCUUCAUUGCUACAACAAUAGGCUGUCGGCAGCUGCAGUUGGAGGGAGUGGUGGAUGUGCUGAGUAUCACAUGCCAGCUCCGAGCCGACAGAGGUGGUAUGAUCCAGACGGGUGAGCAGUAUGAGUUUGUCCAUCAUGCACUGAGCCUGUACGAGGCCCGCCUCUCCGCAGAAACUGGCCAAUGAGUGUUCACCGCCACAGGAGACGUCUGCUUUAACCGUGAAGUGUGCUGACAUAGUGAGUCCUUAGCAGGUAUGAUCACUGAGAUUUGGGAUUUCUCUUAGAAUAGGGGAUUCUGGAUGAGGUCCUUGAGUUUGAUGGACAACACGGACAACCAAUGAGGACUGUUGUGGGCGGAGUCUGUUGAAGGAAAGAGGAAAGGUAAAUUUCUGAAAAUGGAAUGUAUCCGUUCUUCUUCUUCUUUUUCUCCUUCCUCUCUGCUGUUUCUUCUUGUGUUUUGUCAGCGAGCGGUUCUUCAGAGGGACUUGAGAAACCUGUCCACUUCACUUCUCUUAACCAACUGACUGUCAGAUCACGUGGCUUUUAACUAACCAGACUGUCUUGUUACCUCUUUUCUGUCAUGGAGAUGUAGAAAUAGUUAGACUGAAAUUGAUGGUACAUUGUUCAAUAACACUACUGUGUUUCUGUGUCUUAUAGGAUUUUAAAAUUAUUUUUUAACAUUGUGUUCUUAUAUGAAAGGUUAUUGGAAAAUGACUGUUAGCUGGUUGUACCUUUGGUGAAGCUACUAUACCACUGUUGAACCAACCCUUCCAGCCUAUUUGUGACUUCAGCACACCACCCGUUACUCUGUGAUUUGGACACAUUGCAUUUCCUUCACUAACCUUCAGUUUAACACAUGGUAUAACAAGACAACUUACAAAUACAGACAGACAAAAUCAACAAUAACUAAUAAACUAUAUAUUCAUGACUAAUGAUUAUAUAGUAAGGAUACUAAGGAUGCUGUUAAUCAAACAUGCCUUCUACUCGCAUAGCCUGUUAAAGUAAUGCCCACGUUUCCAUUAAUAUUUCUAUUUCCAAUUGAAGCCUCGCUGCCCUGAUAUUUACCAUCUUGACCCUGUGUUGUGGCUUUAACCAGGAGAUGGUAAUAAUUUUCUUUGCUACGAGGAACAAAAUCAUUUCUAAGUAGCUCAAAUUAUUUUCUGAUAGAUUUUCAGGUAGGAUACCAAAAAUCAAAAGUGCCGGAUUUAGAGUCAAAUAAGUAUUCGUAAUAAGCUUGAUCUUUUUGUGAAUAUUUUGUAGUCCUAGAGUAAAUUAGUAAAGUCCCACAACAUAAAUCAGACAAACCAGUAAAUUUUAAUGAGUUUUAAAAUGCUUAAUUUUGACCAUCCAUUCUAGAGCUCCUUCUUUUUUUUUUCCCCCAAGUUAUUUAAAAGCAAGUUAUGUUCAAAGGUAUUUUCAUGAUCUCACAGAUGUUCAACUAUUAAAAAAACUUACCAAAUAUAUCAAUGAACUUUGAUCUCAACUAACAUCAAAUAUUAGAGUAAUUUAUUAAACACAUUCAUUAAUUCUACUUUCUGAUAUGUUAGCAAGGGUGCUAUUUUAUUAAACCAGACAGUGUUGAUAAGGUGAACUAACACUGUGGUUAGCCAGCUAACAAACUGACAUUGUUUAAGAACCCAUUUCAGUUUUAACCAAGAGUAAUCAGAAAGAGAUAAAACCAACUUUUUUUUUUACCUCUUUUUCCACAGACUGCACUGCUGCCCUAAUUUUUAAUAGAUGUACAUUAUGUUUGUGGCCUGGUAACUUACAGAGUGCUAAGGUCACAAAUGGAGCUACCUCCAGCCAUACAACGCAUGUUAAAAGCUAACAAACCAAUGUACUGAUAAAUAAGCUUCUGGCAAGCAAGUUCCUGUAGUGCAGCAAUCUCAUAGAGGCUCACUCUAGCAUUAGUAGUUUGAUGUUAAUCCAUAUGUUGUUAUGUUAAUAAAUAGAUGCUAACCUAUAAGCUCAUGCUAUUAGCAUGCUAUGCUACUGCAAUAUUUUACUAAACCAGUUAAAUCUAGUAUUUCACUGCUAAACCACUGUUGUUUGUUUGUUAUAAAAAUUUUUUACACUCUUCAAUGAGUACAGCUCCUAGGAGGAUUUGAUAGAGGUGUUGAGAAUAAUAGGAACUGUAGUUUUUGAAUGCUAAUGAAAAAUGCUUUUAUCUUUGUUAAAAUGAACAUUUUUCUAGCUGCUACAGAACCAAUUAUCUUACAAUAUGGACAGAAUCAAAGUGCCAUGCUCUAAAGUAGCAUGGCACUUUGGUCAGUUGAUUUCAGUCAGAGUUUAUACUUUAAAUCAAUAUUUAGAAUUGAUAAUGUUGAAAUAUCUUAAUAUUUUAGUGAAAGUUUAGUUUAGCACAGAGCCAAAUUUGCUGAGUCAUUCCCGACACAAUAUUUAGAAAAACUUGUGCUGCUUGGUCUCAGAGUUUACACGCAGUAUAGUAGUUAACCUUGUCUGUCGCAUUGACAAUUCCCCUGUUGCGUGAUAUAUUAUUUUAUAACAAAAAUGUGAAACAAUUUAAGUCACAAUGGUGCAAUCAUUUCAUCAAUGUGAUGUUGUAAAUUAUGUUAUCUAGUCAGUGAGUUAUUUUGGUGUAUCAAAGUAAUAAUAACUUUAUUUUUAUACUGUUUUUACAUGUUUUUUGAUGUGUUUAGCAGCUAUCAGCCAUUUGUCGACACGCACGAACGCUUGCUAUCUGGGGUACAAACCUCAUUAUCUCUAAAUUAUCAAUCGAGCGCGAGCUGGGGCGAAUUAAUAGCUGACUUUUUUCUGACUUUUUCAGAAAGUUGAAGUGAACACAAACCUGCAAUAUUUGUUAAAUUUUCCACCGACAAACAAUAUAAAAGACACUGGAUAUUUAGAGCAUAAGUGGAGUAUUUAUUUGUCUAGAGAUGUUUUCCAAUUAACUUAGAUUGACAUUGAUCAGAAAAAUUCACUUAUCCAGACCAUUUGAGUGCAUCUGAAACAAAAUGCCAAGAAAGGGGUGAAGUUUAGUUUUUAUACCUGCCAUAUAAUUAUAUAUUUUAGAGUAAGACAUGAAAAAUAAAAGUACUGAGGAGGUUUUGCUAGUUCCUGCAGGUUUACUUGUUUUAGAGAUCUGAGGUUUCUACAGUAAUACCACCUAAUCUGCUGUCUGUGUGAAUGGGACAACAUUGUACAGUACAUGUUAAAGUGCUAUUAAAACUGAUGUGGGCAGUUACAUUUCAAUCCACGGACCACAAACACGGAGAUCUUGCUGCUAAAACUGGGAACGUCAGAACCGGACCAUUGACGGACAAUAAAUGAGAGAAAACUUUGAAGACUCUUCUUUUCUAUGUACCAAUAUAUUUUUAUUUAUAUCUUUACUUGUGAUACAAUCAAGAGACUUUGGACCUGUGUUUGUUUGUCUACAUGUCCAACAUGCCUCCUGGGACUAUCAACCCAUGUUUCGCUUUAGCCAAUUCAAAUUGGAUCAAUUUCCAAACUCCAAAUGGUCAAAACCUGACAUGUUACAGUGUGAUAGUGAUGUAAUUGUCUGUUUGAACUGACUGAAGUGAAAGUGAGUUGAGCCCAGCCUCCAUGCCCACUGCAGCAGCGGGUACAACAACACACACUGCCUCUGACGUAGUAUUGUGUAUGUACAGUAGGUGGUGGUUGAUGUCCUGUACUUUAUUGUUGUUGACUGUUGAUGGAGGUUGAAGUGACGCUAAACAUUUUCAGUUUUAGAGAGUUUUCAUGCUGUUGUCACAUUGUAGAGAAAAAAAUCUGUAUUUACUUUAAUUUUACAUUUACUAAUUUGGCAACUGAAGAAAAAGCUGUUAAAAUAAACAUGAUACCUGUACCAUAACAUCAAAAGAAAAAAAAAACACCAGGUGGUGAAAUAACAGAUUUUAGCUCUUGUAAAAAUUAGUUCUUUGGGUAAAUUUAGCUAGUAUUUCACUAGUAAAAGAAACAAAUUUAGCUCAUGUAACAGUUAUUUUAGGGAUUUUAUCGAGUAAAAGAAAAAUAUUUAGCUAGCCUACAAAACAAAAUUUUCCUCACAGAAGGGUUUGAAGUUGUUAUAAUGAAUACUCUGCAACACAUUUUUCUAUUGGUAAUGAGCAAAAUUUUGCUAAUCAGCAAGAUGGUUAGAUACUAGCUGGCUAGGUUGUAACAGCUUUUAGUACUUUCUUAUUUCUCCUGCAAAUAAUGAUCAAUGAAUACUAUUUCUAUUGAGACUGAGAAUAUGCAGUUAACCCCUUAACCCAAGAAAUAGAACAAUUGUCUGACUAACUAGCCAAGAUGUUUGUGUCAAUGUAAACAUGCUGACAAUAGUAGUUAAUAGAUAGUGUUGGUCAGAUUAAUUGCUUCUGUUAAUCAGCUAAAAAUUAUCCAGACACAUGUUUCAUAUCUAAUAAAGAAUAAUCAACAAGAGAAUUUCAGGAUGGUUUAAUGUGUUAAAAGUUUGAAAGAAAAAAACAUUUUUUUAAGAUUAAAAAAACUUUGAAAGAAAAACUGCAACAUUAAAAUUAAAAAUGUUAGCGUCUCUUUAAACUUCUUCUGUGUGGGCAUUACAGCUCAGUCAGAGUACACCUGAUGCUAAUUAGUGUACGUACUGUACGUGGUUUUCUUAAUGUAUUACUAAUCAACUUGAAUGUUGUACUAGUUGGGAACAUUAGCCACUGAGUAGUGCUGUAACCUCUUUAUCUACUCUAUCUACAUAUAUACUGUUACCUGUAACCUGUACAUAAAAACACUGGACAUAAAAACAGUGGAGCUCUGA